AUGAUUGGCGAUGAUAUUAAUCAACAGUGGGCGUUUCAAGCACAAGAAAGAUUCCGAGCUGAUGAACAAAGUUUAAUAGCAGAUACAAGUCUUGAACCAAUCUUUGUCAAGAAUGAACUUCCAUGGAAAUUUGACAGAAAUACAAAAAUUAAUCAUCUAGUUGUCUCAAAUAAUGUUUUUAUUCUACAUUUAAAUGAGAAAACUAUACAGCGACGAUGUCUUGACGAACCACCAAAAGAUGGAAAAUCUUCAUCAGUAUUUGCAGAAGUUCAAAUACCAGAUGCAAUUAGUAAAGUGUUUCUUGAUCCCUUCGGUCGUUUACUUAUUGUAUCAACACGUGAUAAACGUGAUGUAUACAUUCUUGUGUCAUCAUCAUAUUCCUUAAAAUUAACUAGAAAACCAAUACGAUUUGGCAAUAAUUUAUCAUUUGUUCUUGUUUCUGUUUCAUGGUGUAAUCGGUUUUUACAACAAAAUGAUGCCGUCGCACUUCUUGCUGGUCAAGAUGGAAGCAUGUAUGAAGCUUUGAUUCGAGCUGAUGGUGAAGUACUUUCAUGUAAUGAAGUUUACCCAUCAUUCAAAACUAUUUUGGAAAAAAAUCGAGAUCGUGUCACUGGUAUUUAUUGUGAUGUUAAAGUUGCCUACGAAGAAAAUUCAAAUAUAUUUGUUGUUAUUACAACACAAACAGCCUUAUAUUAUUUUGAACAUCAAAUUGAUUCAUCACGCAAAUCAGAUUAUUUUUCAUCAUUUUUUGCUUUUUUUCGUGAUGCUUCAUUAUCUGAUUUAAAAUAUCUCGAAUUUCCAAGUGGUAAUGCUGAUAGUGAAAUUCAAGUAUUUGUUAAACGAAAAUCAUCUACAAAUCAAAAAUUACAAAGACAAUUUGCAUGGAUAACUGGUGCUGGUCUAUACUAUACAGAUAUAGAUCCACUUAGUGUACAAAACUCGUUUCUUCAACGUCAUCGUAUUAUCGAUUACUAUAUAGAUAAAAGGAUUAAGCAAAGAGACGAAGAAAAACCACCAAAAUCUGUUGCAUUAACAGAAUUUCAUUGUCUUAUGAUGUUUCCAAAUGAAAAUCAAAUACGUGGUGUAUGCACUAUUAAUGAAAAAAUUGUUAUGAUUGAUGGUUCUAUGCAAAGUGGUAAACCAGUUUGUUAUGCCCGCGAUCAAAUGAAUGAUCAAUUAUGGGCAUGCACUGAAGAACGUGUACUUCGUUAUACAAUUCAAGACGAACGUCGUGAUGUCUGGCGUGUAUUUAUGCAGAAACAAGAUUUUCAAAAAGCUCUUGAAACAUGCAUUCUUAAAGAUGAUCCUGAUGAAACAAAACGAAGACAACGUUCAAUUAAUUCCAAGCAUGCUGAUUAUUCAUUUAAUGAAAAAAAAUAUACACUUAGUGCUAGUAUUUAUGCUGAAUCAGAUACAUCGUUUGAAGAUGUAACAUUAAAAUUCUUUACUUUAAGAGAUAAAGAACCACUUCGAGAAUAUCUUCAAGCUGUUUUACGAUAUCAAGAAUCAGCAACAGACAAUACACAAAUAACAAUAUUAACUUUGUGGUUAACAGAUUUGUUUUUAAGUGAACUUGAUGAAUUACGUCAAAUAGAUUCUACACCAUCAACUAUGAUAAAAACAUCAUCCAAUGCAAAUAAUAAAUCUCCAUUUAAUGAUCAAGUAAAUGAAAAAUUUUUAGAUGAAAAUAGUCGAAAAGAAAAAUUUGAUAAAACUCGUCGAAAAUUUCAAUCUUUUUUACGUGAACCAAAAAUUCAAUCAUGUCUUAGAGAACAUCGUUCAGCGAUGUACGAUCUAUUAACAAGUCACGGUGAUCUAGAUGAUUUAAUUUUGUUUGCUGAACAUGUACAAGAUUAUGAACGUGUUAUUUUACUUUAUCUUGAACGUGAAGAUUAUGAAAAGGCAUUAAAAACAUUAGAUCCAUUGAAUGAUUAUAAACUGCUUUAUAAAUAUUCACCAACGUUAAUUGAAAAAUUAUCUGAACAGCUUAUACUGAUUUGGAAAAAGAAAUAUAAUGAACAUUUCGAAGCUAAAGAAUUAUUACCAGCAAUGAUUGCUUAUUCAAGAGCACAUCCACAAGGAAAAGCUGUAUUGGAUUUUCUAAAAUUUUGUUUAGCACGCGGAUGUAUUGAUAAGUCAAUACACAAUUAUCUUCUUUCGGAAUAUGUUAAAUUUGAUCAAAGUCAAAUAAUGCCUUAUCUUAUGAAUCAAAAAGAAGAUCCUCUCUUAAUUACGUAUGACCCAAGAUAUGCCUUACGUCUUUGUAUUGAUCACGAUCUAAAAAAGGAAAGUGUCUUUUUAUAUCGUUUUUUGAACAUGCACGAAGAAGCUGUAGAUACAGCUUUACUAGUGGAUGUUAAAUUAGCAAAAGAUUGCGUAUUAACAGCUCCAAUAAAUGAUGAGCGAACGAAAAAAUUAUGGCUUAAAAUUGCUGGUUCUGUUGUAACACAAGGGCGUGAUCUUAAUGAAGUAAUGGAAAUUCUUGAAGAAAAGGGUAGUAAUCAAUUGAAAAUAGAAGAUAUUCUUCCAUUAUUUCCUGAUUUUGAAACAAUCGAUCAAUUUAAAAAACCAAUUAUUAAAUCAUUAGAAAACUAUAAUGACCGUUUAACUGAAUUACGAACUGAAAUGAACGAUGCAUCAAAAUCUAUUGAUGAUAUACGUGAUGAUUUAGCUAAAUAUCGUACAAGAUGUGUUGCAACAAUUGAUUCAUAUGCAGCAUGUUCAUUAUGUGAACAGGCAUUAAUGUUGCAAUCAACAUUUUAUAUAUUUGCUUGUGGUCAUUAUUUUCAUGGGGACUGUUUAUUUUCGUAUGUAAGACGUUUAAUGAAACGUAAUGAUGAAAAUACUCUGGAUGAAAGUAAUCGUUUAUCGGCAUCAGCUAACAGUGGACAAGUCAAUGAACAGAAUAAACAGAAACUCGAUCAGUCUUCGAAAAAAAAUGCAGUACAAAAAGAUAUUGAAACUGUUAAUCGUUUACAAUCAAUAAUAGCUAGUGGUAUACCACCACCAUCACGUGAUAUGGAAAGUGUACAACAAGAACUUGAUGAUCUUGUAGCUUCCCAAUGUGUAUUAUGUGGUGAAACAGCUGUUGAUUAUUUAGAUCAACCACUUGAUGUUAAUUUAUAA